GCGCAUCGCUGCUAAACGUCGUAAAAUGAAGCAACACAGGAACGACUAGCCCACUACUUCCAAACAAGCGUGGCUCGGAUAAAUCUAAUAGAUUAGUAGUUUUAUAUGUUGAUUAUUUUACUCUUAGCGAAGAGAGAUUGCAAAAGAGCGUCGACACACUUACAGAAAGCUUAGUCGGGAACCCGUGAGAAUGUUUAAGAAAUUUGAUGAGAAGGAAAAUGUGUCCAACUGUAUCCAACUGAAAACAUCUGUGAUCAAAGGCAUAAAAAAUCAACUGUUGGAUCAGUUUCCUGACAUUGAGCCAUGGCUCAAUCAAAUCAUGCCAAAAAAGGACCCUGUCAAAAUAGUCAGAUGCCACGAACACAUUGAAAUCCUAACUGUGAACGGAGAGCUGCUUUUCUUCAGACAAAGAGAAGGACCGUUCUACCCCACGCUCAGGCUCCUGCAUAAAUAUCCUUUCAUCCUCCCACACCAGCAAGUGGACAAAGGGGCCAUCAAAUUUGUCUUAAGUGGUGCAAAUAUUAUGUGUCCUGGGUUGACGUCACCUGGUGCUAAACUCUACCCUGCUGGUUCUGACACUGUAGUUGCCAUUAUGGCAGAGGGAAAGCAGCAUGCACUUUGUGUUGGUGUGAUGAAGAUGUCAGCAGAAGACAUAGAAAAAGUCAACAAGGGAAUUGGAAUAGAGAACGUGCACUAUCUAAACGAUGGAUUGUGGCACAUGAAGACCUAUAAGUAAUGCAGCAUCUCAUCCAGACCUCCAAAACAAAACGUAAAGCUCUGCACUAUGAAACACAGGCUGUUUACACCUGCAUAUAAGUGUGUAACCUGCUGGAGGCUUUACAUCAGCCGUCACGAUACACAAACACAAUAAAAGAUCUUCAAUUUCAAA